GGAGGCAGAACAUAUAGAAUAUUGCUCCACCCGGCUAAAUAGGCUUUCUGAAGCUUAACCAGUUCGAUGUCGUGUGAUAAUCUUACUAUUAAUCCCAACAGUCUAAUAUAAGGUCAACCACCACAAAAGCACUUGCCUAUACAAUUUUAAUAUUUUAUAAAUCCCUAAAAAUUGUUAAUUUACUUUUAUUAGAUUAAUUAAAAAUUGGAAAUUAAAUUAAAUUGUAACAAUAAGACUUAGUCUUAUUGUCAACCACCACAAAAGCACUUGCCUAUACAAUUUUAAUAUUUUAUAAAUCCCUAAAAAUUGUUAAUUUACUUUUAUUAGAUUAAUUAACAAUUGGAAAUUAAAUUAAAUUGUAACAAUAAGACUUAGACUAUCUCCAAUGAUUCAUUCUAUUUUUUUCAGAAUAAAGUAAUUUUAUAAUAGAAUUGAAUUCUUCUCUAAUAAUACUUUAUUUUAAAAUAAAAAAUAGAGUGUAAAUAAAAAACAAAUGAAUUUCUCUAUUUAUAUCGUGAACCAAUUUUUACUCUAUUAUAAUAUGUUUAAACCGCACUUUAUUUUCCACUCUAAAAUAGCUUUGAGGUUGUCAAACCCAUAAAUGCUGUUUGAGCGAUUCCACGACCAGAAAUGAUUCAUAUUAGCCAAAUAUAAACAACCUAAACUCAAAUUCAUCAAAGCACAUAUCAGAAUAUAGCUUCUCAAUAAUAUAGUAGAAUAAUUUCAUAAUUCAUAUAGUAGAAUGACUUCAAUAUCCCCGACUCCAUACCUCUUAGCUUGCCAGAAAACAAUCUUGAUCCUCACUUACGUCUUCAGAUCCACCCGGGAAACCGUCGAUCCAUUAGGCAAAACGUCUUGUUAAAAAGUCUGCCCCCUACUUCUUGGCCUUCUUAUUGUGUUAUUAUAACCUUGGCUCUAUAGUAACGCGCGCGAUAUGAAUUGUUUCUGGAGAAAGAAAGGUGGACAACGUCGUAGUAGAUUCCUUUUGGUAUUUGUUUAUCAGAAUUUUUGUUUGGUUAUAUAUUUCAUGUAAAAUAACUGUUUUAGAAUUUAAUUAAUGUGAUUUUUCAAUUAAAAUAAUAACUUAUCAAACUUUUUGUUGAGUUGGCAUAGCUUAAAAACCUCUAAAUUAGUUUAAAUUAUUACAAAUAGUUUAACCUUCUAACUUUUUACGUGCAAUCAUUUAAUUACAAAAUUAUUUCGCAAAUAAUAGUAUAGAUAGAUAGAUUUAUAAUGGAAACAAUAUAAUUUAAAUGUCAUUAUGUGGAAAUAAAUAACCAAAUUAUGAAUAUUUAAAAUUAGUGACCAAGAUUUUGAUCAAGACCUUGACUAAGAGUUUGACCAAUGCAAAUGGAUUAGAUCUUCAUAAAUUUUUUAUGAUGAUGUACCUUUGAUUAGCUUUUUUUUAGACCAGAUCCUGGACCGAAUUUUGAGAAGGGUAAAACCCACCUCCAACACACGACACUUUUAUUAGUCCUCCUAUUUAUACUUUAUCUGCGAGCAAAAGGGUUUGCUAAAUUGUAAUUAGUUUUAUCUCUCUUCCCUUUGCUUCUGAACUCUUGUCUCUUUUCAGCGUAAAUAAAUACGCAGAGAAUGUUCUUUAGCUGUGGAAACCCAUUCAAGGCUCUGUUUCCAAAGAAGAACAAUGCAUGCAUGUCCUCACAUCUUGUCUCUCUAUUGAACAACUUCGAGACAAGUUUGAGGGUAUCGAUUGCAGAACUUGUACCAAAGGAUGAUGAUAAGAAUGGUUUUAUCACUGUUUCUUGGAUGAUUCAAGCAAUGCACUCUCUUUGUGAGAUACACCAGUGUAUCUCGACACUCAUGACCACCGAUGUAGACCUUCCUGUAUCCGACAUGGAAGAAAGUAUGUACGCUGACAUCAGUUCGAAGCUGCUUGAAGUCUGCAACGCCUUCACCUCGGAGCUGGCCCGGCUUAACCACGGAAACAUGUUACUCAAGUUUGCUUUUAGUGAUCCUGAUGAGGUUUCUUUAUCGCAUAUCGACUGUUGGAGGCAGCACAUGGCUUCCAAGAACCCUAGAAUCGAAAACUGCGGUGAGGUUUUGAGUAAUCUUGUUGAAUCCAUGAGUGAUGAUCAUGAUCUUCAUGGUCUCAAAAAGAAGGUGAAUAAGAAGAAGAAGAAACAAUACGAAGAAGAAAAACUUCUCAUGCGAGCCCUAUAUGGUGUUAAGGCCACGACUUUAUACAUAUUCAGCGUGUUUGCUGCAGCGUUUUCUGGUUCUUCCGAGAAUAUUUUGUAUAUAAACAUUCGAAAGGAGAUGAAGGAGGACGAGGAGGAGGUUCCAUGGGAAAAAGCAUUCAUGGAACUGCAGAACGUGAUCAUGAACACGUUCUUAUCGAACAGAUUCAUGGUUAUAAAAGAUGUUAAGGCUGUUGAAUCUGGUGUGGAGAUGGUUUACGCGGCGGUUCAAGAAGGCUCAGUUCCUAAUUCGUUGAUGGUGGAGCCACUGAAGCAAUCAGUGAUGAUACUUUCAGAAAGGUUUGAUCAUGUCUCCAAGGAAACGAGUUUCUUGUUCGAUACCGUGAACUCCGCUCGAGACGCAUUGUUCGAGAGGCUCAGAACCAAAUACGAAUAUGAGUUAGCUGAGAGUAACGUUGCUGAAUGCCGAUGAUCAUGUUAAG